GCACGCCACCAGGUCCACCACCGCCACGACUCUCUCGAUUCUAUCCUCACGUGCAGAUCAUGUGGCUCCAACACAGUCAGUGACAGCGCUCCGUCGCAUCACGUGCCGCUCACGCUGCAAAGGACCAGAUAUGAGCAAGAAGAACAAGCAAACAAAUCAUUAUUGAAAAUGUCAUCGCACGGGAACGACUUCGCCGCGAUCCUCUGCCAGUUCUUACUCUCCUAUGACGGCGCCGUUUUAGGCGUAACCCUAGCUUGCUCAGCCAUCCGCACGCUCCUUAAAUUCCACAGCACCUCCCACGCCCUACGCAAACUCGAGACUGCUCCACAGGUCAGAGUCUGCGAUCUUCGCGCGCUUUUGGAAGACGAUGGCAAGAAAUCGCAGACGUUCGAUCACGAGAAGAAUAGUAGUCGCCUUGUGGUUGUGCGCGGCCAUGUUGAAGCGAAAUCAGCUGUUGAGGGAAAGAAUUGGAAGAACUGGACGAAUGGUUCCGGCGUUUUGGUCUCUAAUUACAGUGGACACAAAGCCGUUAUCAUUCAAAGAACUCAAACAUGGCUAUACAAUGAAUGGAGGGGCUUUUUCGGAUUGACUCCUGAUAUACAUACCAUCUUUGGAAGAUCUUGGAGAAAAAAAGAAUCAUCUUUGAGGAUGGUUCCUUUUAUUCUCGUUGAAGGGGGUUGGUGGCCACAAUCUGAUUUUGUUAAUGUGAACAUGGAUGGCUCCAAGCAUCACUUACCUCUUAUUAGAGUCUAUCAUGAUUUGCAACCCCUUAAUGUUUCUCCUUAUGCACUCCUCCAGGCAAUUUUUGGUCAUGAGUGCCCUGUCGGGGUGCUUGAUGAAGAGAAGAUUCUUCCACUGGGAGAGAAUAUCAGUGCCGUUGGCAUCUGCAGUUUAAAAAAUGGAAUCCCUGAGAUCUGCUCGUGCAAAGAUCUUCCCUAUUUUCUUACUGAGAUGACUAAGUAUCAGAUGGUAGCCAAUCUUGCCUGCAAGUCACAAGUGCUCUUCUGGAGUAGUAUAGUUCUUGGGUUGCUGUCUGUUGGUAUCCUUGGGUAUGCUAUUUCCAGGAACUGGAAUAGGUGGAAAGAAUGUAGGGAACUAAGACGGUUGCAGCGAACAACCCAAGCUCAUAGAGACAAUUCCAAUUCUCAGGAUGGUGGAGAUGAUGAAGCAAUUGGAGAUAUUCCAGAUGGGCAACUUUGUGUGAUCUGCCUGGUGAGGAGGAGGAUGGCUGUAUUUGGUCCAUGCGGGCAUGUUGUUUGUUGUCAUCGAUGUGCCAUAUCAGUUGAACGUGAAAUAUCACCCAAGUGUCCCAUUUGUCGCAUGCCAAUCCAGAGUUCAAUGCGGAUAUUUUUCUCUUGAGCAAUAGAGUUUGGUAAUUCUAUGUUGCCUUCUUUUCAUUAGUCGAUCUGAACUCUCCAAGUCAAAUACAUAGGCAGAUUAGAAUUAUGGGGUUAAUAUUGUGGAUACCUUUUUAGUACAUAUUCUUGUAAAUGCUUCUCAUAUACUCCCUGUAAAGCUUUUCUGUCAUUAAACUACUAAUGAAAGCCCAAUACAAGUAUUAGGAUUUAGGGGCUUCUUUCUUUUGCUUCAAGCUCUUACUGACUCGACUUGAGAAGGCUUAAAGCUCUACCUCACAGUUUAAAGUCUAGAAGCAAUUCCCAUCCUGGUCUGUUUCUUUCCUUUCCCCAACUACUAUAUAGUUAUAUUUUGAAAUUGGAUGAUGCUUGUAAGUAUAAAAUGAAGAAAUUCGAAUUGGAUAUCUAGUAUUGCAAUGUGUUUGUUUA